AUGCCCUUCUUACCUCCCGGCACCGGGGAGGGGGCGCCGGGAGAUGUCCAAACUGCUGUAAUUGCGAAGGAAGUCCUGGAAGGACAUUGUAUUUAUGACAAAGGAUUCUGCAAGCUUCACCUGACAUAUUCACGGCAUACUGAUCUUAAUGUGAAGAUAAACAAUGAUCGUGGGAGGGAUUACAGUGGAAGGAACACUGCCAUUUCAGACAGCCAACCUUCGAUCCUUGGACCUCAGCCUAUUCCAAGACUGGGAUACAUGAGUAUUCCAUAUCCACCAACGCUUCAGCCUGCUAUGAGUUGGAGCAGUGGAGCAGCUGGGCCAAUAGUACGUCCACUUUCUCAUCCUCAUGGCCAGAUUUACAUGCAUCAGCCUGUAAAGAUGCCUCCAGCAGUUCCAAGUGGGAUGGUUCAGCUGCCUGGUCCUCCCAUGCCACCUCAGCAGCCUUAUUUUCAUUGAAAAGCAUCUAAGCGGUUGAUGGAGCAUCAUAUCAUGUUUUUUUUUUUUUUUUUUUUUUUUUUUUUUUUUUUUUUAAUUUUGCGUUCAAUAUGACCUUUUUGCUAUAUUCCCAUAUAAUUCAUUGGGUGCCAUUUGAGUGGGUUAUAAGCCGGUAUUAUGAAAUGAAGGUCUGAUUUUGUUUUGGACAGAACAUUUAAUACCACUUUCUUGCACAUCUGCUACUUUUCUGAUUGAAUCUAUAGAAAUCUGCUCGUUGGUCA